AUGAGGCGAUUAUGUAGCCGAGUGGGGCGACUGGAAAAGAAUUUUCUCGUCCAUGAAAGACCAAACAAUCUAUUUGUCAUUGUUUUUGAUAUUAUCGAGGAUCAGAACAAGGUUCUACGCGUGGGUCAGUGGUGGUAUCAACAGGCUCCGAUUGUUGCGCAACCCUAUGACGGAGUCAAAUCUCUCAAGAAUGUUCAAAACAUCCCACUUCGCUAUGAAAUUCCUGAAACUUUCCAUCUAUUGGAUCAGUUGCAGGUCGUUAUAUCGAGAUUGUGCUCUUCUUUAUUUCUGGUUUCUGGCCAUGGUUUUUAUUUUGAUGUAGAUAAUGCUGGUGUCAUUGUGAAUCCAAAGGGUGAAAUGAAAGGAUCUGCUAUCACUGGCCCUAUUGGAAAGGAAUGCGCUGAUCUGUCGCCCAGAAUUGCGAGUGCAGCUAAUGCCAUUUGUACUCUAGAUGAGUAUGGAAAUUCCCAUGUGGUGUUUGAACUUACUAUCGUACUAUCAUGUAGACUCUGA